AAUGCGCUUGCAUAGGGGAAUCGGAAAAACAACAGGGGCGGCUUCCUCUUUCAGACAGUGAGAUCCAGAGAAGGCAACGAGGCACAUUUCCUUAGAUUGGAUUUACCCUGAUGAAGAUCCAAAAUUAGUAUCCAAAGCCGCUGCCGGGAGAAGGUUGAACCAUGGCGGCUCUCAUCUAUCAGCUGUUGUCGCUCACACUCGUCAUGGUGGUGGUCCAGAUGGUCACGGCGUACACGUUUAAGAACUGCAUCGAGGUUAGGAACUCGUCGAGGCUCAUCUUCAAAUGCAACCUGCGAAAGGAGACAAACAUAUCUGCCAUCAUGGAAGACCUGCCGGAGUCCGUCACCAAUCUCACCAUUUUGGGCAAUCCCGUCCACUACAUUCCCGAUAAAGCCUUCGCCAACUUCCAGAACCUUCGCCAACUUCGGUUGGACAGCAACCAUUUGAGCACCUUUGGCAAAUUAGCUUUCUGCAACCUGUCUCAACUCAAUUCUCUCAAUUUAUCCUUUAACAAAAUCUCCGAGCUGAGCCCCUCACUGUUUGUGAACCUGCACAAUCUCACCUUUCUCUCGCUGAGGGGCAAUAAACUCAAGCAGCUGCCGGCGGGAAUUUUCCUAGCCAUGCUCAAGCUCAACACUUUAAUACUACAGCAGAACCACCUGACAAACUUCUUAGGGAUUGUUGAGUCUGUGUCACACUUAAGGUAUCUAUGGAAAUUGGACCUUUGCCAGAACAACUUCACUUCUCUGCGCCACAACCAAAAUCCACUUCCUGGAUCCCUCACAAAGUUGUACCUGUGUCGAAACAAUCUGUCCACUUUAGGAUGUGACCACUCCUUCCUCUCUAAGGUCAAGAUCUUGGAUUUGUCUUACAAUUUUGGACUCACCGAAGAGGGGUUUGUUGGCGUGAACCUGGCGCACAUCAACUACCUCAACUUGCACUCAACACAGGUAAACGUGACAACGUUUUUGAACGUCAGCAACAUCUCCCCAAGCCACAUGGACUUUUCAGGUAUGAGUGUGAAAAAUGACAGUCUGUUACUCGAGCUCUGCAAGCUAUUGAGGCAAAAGGUGAGAAAGCUUAACUUGUUGCGCCUGGGCAGCAAUGGCAUCAGUUACAUACGAAAUGACACGCUGUCCCAUUGCCCGAUAAUCACAAACUCUCUGGACCUAUCGCGGAAUAAUCUAAGGAGCUCACAAAACAAGGUUUUAAAUUGCCUUGGUUUUCUUGGCAAGAAUAGAUUUUUGAAGACAUUUAAUAUUGAGCAUAACCACAUGUCUAGCCUUUCCACUUGCAAGAGAAAGCACAUGAUCCGUUUCGAUGAGUUGGAGGAGCUCAGCUACCGCUACAACCGUGUCCUGUUUGUCAAUGCUUGGGCUUUCUAUCACACGCCAAAUAUCAAAACCCUGAAAUUAAACAUCAACAACAUUGCCUUCCUCCAUCGUAAAGCUCUCAAGGGGCUCUACAGUCUUGAGACACUGCGUCUAGAUAACAACCUUCUCACCGACCUGUUCAAUGAAACCUUUGAGGAUUUGUCUGCUCUACAAACCCUUAACCUGCGCAACAAUCGCAUUUCAGUCAUUUUCAGUGGGACCUUCCGCUGCCUCAACAAUCUGACAACGUUGGACCUCGGGGGGAACAAGAUUACCUGUGUUUAUCCCUCUGGUCUUGAAGGACUCCGAAGCCUCUCAAAGUUGUACAUGGAUGGAAACAACAUGAGACAGAUUGACAUGGCCCUCCACAACGUCUUUAAGGAGAGGCUGACAGUACUGGAUAUAGAAAAUAACAAGAUUCACUUCUCCACCAUAAAUAUCAGCUCACCAUUUGUAAACCUUAGCAGACUCAGGGACUUGAAGUUGGGCAGCCAGCGUCCCUAUGGCCUCACACUAUUGCCGCACAACUUCUUCCGUGGCCUUCGCAAUCUCACUUCUCUUUAUCUCAACAACAAUCAAAUCUCAUACAUUUCCACCAACGCCUUUGACGACCUGAUAAGCCUAAAUUUCCUCACCCUGGACAAGUGCUGCGAUGUGAACAUACCACUCCAACCGGGCAUUUUCAAGAAUCUUUAUAAUUUGUCGAGGCUCAUUGUAGAAAAUGCAGGCAUCCAGACCUUUUCUAGGGAGGUGUUUGGAAAUCUCACCCACUUGGAGACACUGCAGCUCAAUCACAAUGGGAUGCAAAGCCUUGAUGUGGGUGUGUUGAACAGUCUGUCCAAUCUGCGUUACUUGGACAUACGCAACCUUCCACUCAGCUGUACUUGCCAAAACAGCUUGCUGCAGAACUGGACGGUGCACAACCAAAGGGUCCAAGUGCUGUACGUCUACAAUCUGCCGUGCCAGCAGGGUGAGAAAAACAACUUCUACAACUUUGAAACCAACGUCUGCUACAUUGACCUAGGGGAGUAUCUCUUCUUGAGCACCGCUGCCAUGGUCGCUUUUUUAACGGCCUUCCCACUGCUUCAUAUCAAACUCUACUGGAAAAUGAAGUAUGGCUACUAUGUGUUUCGCUCCUGGUUCGGCGAGCAGUGGCGCAAGCUCAAAGAGGAGGAGGAGAAUUGCAUUUACGACGCCUUUGUUUCCUACAACUCCAAUGAUGAAGAGUGGGUCAUGGUGCAGCUGCUGCCCAACCUAGAGGGCAACGGCUCAUCAUUGAAACUUUGCCUGCAUCACCGCGACUUCGAGCCCGGCCGGGACAUUGUGGACAACAUUGUCACUGCUGUGUACAGCAGUCGCAAAACCAUCUGCGUGGUGAGCCGUAAUUUCCUCCAAAGCGAGUGGUGCUCCCUGGAAAUUCAGCUGGCCAGCUACCGGCUCUUUGAUGAGCACCGUGACGUGCUCCUGCUCAUCUUCCUGGAGCCAGUCUCAGAGCGUCAAAUGUCCUCCUACCACCGCAUGAGGAAGGUCAUGCUGAAGAAGACUUACCUGCAGUGGCCUGCCUCAGACUGCGUAAACCCCGAGCAGGCCCAGGAGCUGUUCUGGAAUCAGUUGCGUCGUGCACUGAAGACAGGGAACAAACUGGAAACGGAGGACAACAAUGACACUCCUGACAGUGACGAUUUGGGAGAUUCUGACACUCAGACACUCAUAGCAGAUGGAAACUAUAAUAAGUAUUAAAUAGCACUUUAUAACAAUAUGUCAGUGUUGAUUCUCAGCCAUCCAAUCAAAGUCAUGGUAAUUCGCUGAGGCUGAGUCCAGUUACAUCGUUUCAACUUUUUGAAUUUUAUAUAUAUAUAUAUAUAUAUAUAUAUAUAUAUAUAUACACACACACACACACACACAGGGUGAUUGAAAAGUAACUCCCUAUUUUCAAGUACUUGUAAUUUAUUAUUGAACUAUAAUUCUUACAAGAAAUUGCGUUUUAUUUAAAAUUCGAUACGGGUGCCACCAUUAGCCACAAGUUUUUCAAGCCGCCUGGGAACCGCAUUAACUGAUUUCACAAGGAUGGUGGAAUGUUUUUUGGUUUGGUUGGAAAAUUUGGUUUGGAAUUUUCAACAAUCGAUCUGAAAAGAAAACAAAAAUAUAGAUUUAAUUCCCAUACAUCAUGUAACAUACACAAAACAUUUUUGAAAAAUCUUACAACAAUCACUCUGUAUAUAUAUAUAUAUAUAUAUUGUAUGAAAUUGUGAAAUAAAAUAUCUCCUUCUUUAGGACUUAAUUUAACAGAUUUACAUUCGUGCCUUGAGAUACGAGUGCCUUGACAUAAGAUUUUUUUGACAAGAGCCAUCACUUGGCCGAUUUUUUUGUUUUGAGACAGUCACAAAUUUGAGAGGAGUGCACUUCAGACUUCCACAGCUAGAGGGCAGCAAUAUUAGUCGGUAGGAGUAAUGGCCCAUUAAUCUGGUUUACCAACUGCACAUAAACCCUAUCUAACACGGAAGGACAAUACAUUACGUACAGUUGUGUUUGGUGCUCACAUUGUUUGUGUUGGCAGGUUAUGUGGUGAGCAAAUGUUAUGAUAGUGUUUCGAUAAAGUACAAUAUUUUUGGUGUUUUCAUUUGGGUGGGGGAGGGGCAAACAGAUUACCAAAAUUGGGUUUCCAUUUAUUUCAAUGGGAAAACUAGUGUUUUUAGAUAUGAGCGUGGUCAACAAAAUCAAUCAAUCAAACCCAUUUUUAUGUAGCACAUUCCAUGCACAAAGUGCUUCACAAGACAAAUAAGACACAAACACAUCCCUCCUGCAGUCCGUGUGCACUUGCAACACCCAUGUGUAAAAGUAGUUAUGAACGAAUUAAACUCGCUUCUCAAUGUACCACUGUAUGUGGUGUGUAUGAUUGCAGCAAUGUGACACUUGAACAGACUUUUGUUUCCUUUUUUAGUGUUUUGGUAUGAACUUGUAUUGACAUUCAAUGUUUUGUGCUAGGUUUAUUAUGAUUACUUUAAUUGCAAAGAGAACACCUUUACUCUUCUUUAUUUUUGGAGUGACAAAUACAAUGACUUACGAUGAGUGUUUACAAAUAAACAAAAAUAAGCACACAAGACAAAAAAAAAAGUGAGUCAGGUGGUUUGUUAGUACAAUUUCCUGGAGCCAAAGGGCCAGUGUUUGGGGCUCGACAAGGAGGUGAAUGCAGG